AUGGUGCAACACUUCACUCAACCUGGCGAAGCACGACCUCGAGUAGAGCGCAAAAAGGCUGCAGUCCGAAUCGCUGGCCAUGACAUAAGUGCAGAAGAUGACGGUGGAAUUUGCUGGAUGGUCCGUGAUUCCGACUGGAAUAUGCGACAUCCCUACCUGGCCCUCCUUGAGGCCAAGAAAGCGUUCCAGUCGAUGAAUUUUGACGAGCGCACUGGUAAGCUGAUGCCGGUGGUAUCCAACAAUGUUCUGGCCCCGUACCUGGGUGAGGCAGUAAUAUCAUGGAGAGCAGAUCGGAAGGACCUCAAGCAUGAGUAA